CUUACUCCUUCCCCUGCGUCCCCAACCCAAUACUCCAAUUCGUGAUUGUUCGCGAUGCGGGGAAACUGCCGGAGGCGGAUCCGGGGACCGGGAGGAUCGACGAGGACGACGAGUUGUCGUGCGCUUGGCGUCACAAGUCACAACGCUCACAAUACGAUUCACGUCGAAUUGUCACGCUCGCCAGGACCGGGACGGCGUGCGAGCGGUGCGAGGACCGACGACCGAGAGAGAUAAACCCGCGCUACAACUCUGCAACGUGUCUCGCAAUUCGCAAAUUCAUCACUUUAUCCCCGGGUUUCACCAAACACGGAGGAUUGUGCGAUUUCGCGGUCCGGUCACGUUCUCGUCAGCGCUGCUCGACGCCGUCCCCCGAAUAACCGGAAUAGUAACACGCUCGUUUUUGACAUCCGCGCGAGCGAUUUGAUGCUCGACAUUGAACAAUGGCACUAAUGCGAGGACUGCGAUCAUUUUCCGUCCUGGGGACAAAUUACGCGCGCAGAGUCAUGCCUAGUCAAGUGAUGAUCGCGAGAGCCACAUCCAACAUGCAACCGCUCUCCAAGAACAAGGAGGUCACUAUAACAUUUGUUAAAGCCAAUGGAGAGAGAAUAAAGGCAAAGGGGAAAGUUGGAGACAGUAUUUUAGAUAUUGUUGUGAACAAUGACCUCGACUUGGAUGGUUACGGAGCCUGCGAAGGAACACUGACGUGCAGCACGUGUCACUUAAUUUUUCCUAAGGAUGUGUAUGACAGUCUUCCUGAUGAACCUUCGGACGAAGAGCUGGAUAUGCUGGAGUUGGCGUACGAGCGAUAUGAAACCUCAAGACUGGGAUGCCAGAUAAUAAUGACUGAAAAACUAGACGGCAUUGAGGUGAGAGUACCAGCUACCAUUAACGAUGCGAGACAAACAUGAUAACUCAAUAAGGUGUUCAAUCGGUGCUUAGAAAAUUUUAAAUUGACUCCAUAGCAAUAUGUUUAGCACAAUGUUUUUUUCCAAUAUAAAUGUAUUAUGUACAUAGUAGCUAAAAUUAUAUUCAAAUCUAAAUAUUA